AAUUUUGUAGUACAUAAUACUAUAGCUGCAUGGCUAGAUCAGCAAAUGACACCCCCACACCCUCACAUGCACAGUUGGUCGUGGACACAUACCAUGCCAUACCCACACUACAAUAACAGGAAGACAUAGUCACAAUGAUAGAAUAACUGGAUUGUACUAUAAUAGUAGCUACGAUCAACUACAGCUGACAGCUGCCGCCAACUACUCACUCCUUCCCAAUGGAUACAGCAAAGCAGUGGAUACUAAAUGGGACAGCAAGUGGACUAGCAGCAUGUACAUCACAUCUUAUCCACCAUCCUCUUUAUACUUACAAAUCUCAAACUAUGUACCAUGGGCAGAGCUUUCACGGCUUCUGGGCAUUUUUGAAGCAAGCAAAAGACUCUGGCCGGUUAAGAUUCCUUUACAGAGGUCUGCCACCAAGGAUGCUUGCAAUCAUGCCAGAGAAGAUCAUGAAGAUGUAUGCCUGGGACUUGAGUAGAGGAUACAUCUCAAAUAAGUAUCCAGAAGCAAAAUAUACCAAAUGGAUAAUAGCAGGGGCUUUUGCAGGGGCAGCAACAACAGUAGUAGGUUGCCCUUCAGAAAGAAUUAUGGUCCUUUCGCAGGUGAGGAAGCAAGGAUUUGUGCAAGUCAUAAAGGACCAAGGACUAAAAGGACUUUAUAAAGGAUGGACUGCAACGCUAUACAGAGACAUUCUAUUCAACAUAACUCUAUUCACUACAAGAGAACUGUUUAAAGAGCAGUACAAGAGCAAGAAAGGGAAGACUGACCUGAAUGUGGUGGAAAGCAUAGUAUUGGGUCUGGUCCCAGGCUUUCUGGCAGCAGUCAUUGGCUGUCCUCAUGACGUAGUGAAGACAAGAAUGCAAGGAGCUAAAUUAGAUACUCCAUAUCGAAGCUGCUCUACAAUUUUCUUUGAUAUUCUACGAAAUGAGGGACCCCGCAAUCUAAUGAAAGGACUGAUACCAAGACUGAUUGCUGUACCAAGUAUGAUGGCUUGGUUUGUUGCUUUGGAUGAGGAAUUUAAGAAGCGUAUUUAGUUCUAAUCAAUAUCAUUUAUGUGUCUAUGUGUCGAUAUUGCAAAAUAGCUUGUUGUUAUGCUAAAAGGUCACACUGACUGUAUUGUAAUUAUUUUUAAUACAAUUUUAUGUAUAAUGUUGGUAAGAAAAAUUAUCAGGGAUAAGAUCA